GCUGUGUUCCGGUGCCGUGCGGUGGCUGUCCCUCCGGGGCUGCAACCACGAGUGCCCUGCGGAACUACUUCUUCUAGACCAGCCCGGGCCCCCCAUCUCCGCCUCGCCGCGCUCUCAGGCACCGAGCACUACAAGUCCCGGCAUGCCGUGAACUUGACGACGGAGCCUCGAAGGCAGCGCCCAGCCGUCUCGACCCGCCCCUCUCUCCCGCCCAGGCCCGGCCGCUGCCCCUGCGGCGCGUGGGUCAGGGACGCGAGCCAUGGAGGAGACGCCGCCCCCGCCGCUGGGCAGCAGCAAGCCGCACCUGGAGAAGCUCACCCUGGGGAUCACCCGCAUCCUCGAAUCCUCUCCAGGUGUGACAGAGGUAACCAUCAUUGAAAAGCCACCUGCUGAACGUCAUAUGAUUUCUUCAUGGGAACAAAAAAAUAACUGCAUGCUACCUGAGGAUGUGAAGAACUUUUACCUGAUGACCAAUGGCUUCCACAUGACAUGGAGUGUGAAGCUGGAUGAAAACACCAUUCCAUUGGGCAGCAUGGCAAUUAACAGCAUCACAAAACUGACUCAACUCAGCCAGUCUUCCAUGUAUUCACUCCCUAAUGCACCAACUCUGGCAGACCUAGAGGACGAUGAGCAUGAAGCUAAUGAAAACCAGCCAGAGAAGCCUCACUUUGAUUCUCGCAGUGUGAUAUUUGAGCUGGAUCCUUGCAAUGGGAAUGGGAAGGUUUGCCUUGUUUACAAAAGAGGGAAACCAGCAUUAGCACAAGACACUGAGAUCUGGUUCCUGGACAGAGCAUUAUACUGGCAUUUUCUCACAGAUACCUUUACUGCCUAUUAUCGCCUGCUCAUCACCCACCUGGGCCUGCCCCAAUGGCAGUAUGCCUUCACCAGCUAUGGCAUUAGUCCACAGGCCAAGCAAUGGUUCAAUAUGUAUAAACCCAUCACCUACAACACAAACCUGCUUGCAGAAGAGACCGACUCCUUUGUGAACAAGCUGGAUCCCAGCAAAGUGUUCAAGAGCAAGAACAAGACCUUGAUCCCCAAAAAGAAAGGGCCUGUUCAGCCUGCAAGUGGCCCAAAAGGGCCCUCAGCUCCUCCCUCCACCUCUAAGUCCUCCUCUGGCUCUGGAAACCCUGUCCGGAAAUGAAAGCCCCCGACUUCCAGUUCCCCACCAGUUCCGUAGCAAUGUAUUCCACACAGAUUCCCCGGGGGUAGUCAAAGUUUUGUAUUCUGUGUGUGUGGAACCAUCCUCUUCCAUCUGAGUGACCAGAAUUCUACGCCUUUGAUUUUCAUUGGCAUUAGCCAGAAGUUGAAAGGGUAUACUCAGGUCUCCCCAAGGGUCUCCCCCUCAUAUCCCUGGUAGCAGGUUGUGCUACCCCCUGCCUCUGGAAGCUGUGGAAAAUUUCUGACUUGUUUAAGUGAUUAAAUAGAUCUGUUAAGGGCGUUCCUUUCAUUCCACUUCCAAACGCCUACCCCAGUGAUUAGAGAAGUCCCCCCAAGGAAACCACAUUAAUAUCCAUGAGACAUUAGAACUAUGCUGUUCACUUGGUAGACACUAGAUGCAAGUGGCUUUUUAUAUUAAAAAUUCACUUCCUCAGUUGCAUUAACCACAUUUUGAGUCUUCAUGUGGCUAGUGGAUUCUGUAUUAGGUAACAGAGGUGAUGGAACAUUUCCAUCAUCACAGAAAGUUCUCUUGGGCAGCACUGCAUUAGAAUAUUUUCACACUUCUUCCUCAGAUCAGUUAAUUUUUGUUAGGGAAUGUUGAUACCUUAAUUUUAUGGGUCAUAAUGUUCCUUGAAAACUUUUGAAAAUAAAAUUUUAUGUUCAUAUCCUUCACCACAAACAA